AUGCUGCAAACAGACCUCCUCCCGCCAGCACACGCCGACCUCGUAUCCCAUCUGGUGUACGACUUUUACGGCGAACGAUUGGCCACAUGUUCCGCCGACCAACGCGUCAAGGUGUUCCAUAAAGAUGAGUUUGGUAAAUGGUCUCAAGAAGCCGACUGGAAGGCGCACGACGCCCCCAUCCUCCGACUCUCCUUCUCCCACCCCAUACACGGCUCUCUCCUCGCCUCCUCCUCGCACGACCGCACCGUCCGCAUCUGGGAAGAAUCUACCUCCCUGCCCCCUUCCUCCUCCUCCUCCGCCCCCGCCCCCGGCUCUGUCCGCUGGGUCGAACGCGGGAUUCUGACGGGCGCCAAGGGCGCUGUGAGGGGGGUGGAGUUUGGUCCGCCUGAUCCUGCUUUUGGCUUGAGGGUGGCGUUUAUGGGGACGGAUGGGUAUCUCCGGGUACAUACGUCGCUUGAUCCGAGUUUGAACGAUUGGUCAGAGGCGCACAAGAUCCAUAUCCCUUCCCUCCCCGCACCGCACUCUACAUCCUCUUCCGACGAUGCCAACCCCUUCUCCUCGUCUUCUGAAUCAGCAGCGACACCAUCUUCGGAAUUGGCACUAGGCGGCUGGGGCUUGAGCUGGUGUAAAGAACGGUGGUGGGGUUCUCUCAUCGCCACAUUCGCAGGUUCUUCCCCUGUUAUCAAAAUCAUCUCCCUCGAACCCACCCCCACUUCCAUCCUCCACCUCACCCCCUCAUCAUCCUCCUCCUUCCCUUCCUCCUCCUCUUCAUCCUCUUCCGCCCCUCCAGCUCCGCUUACAGCUCUAAGCUGGGCACCCAACUGCGGGAAGAACUACCACCUCCUCGCUACUGGUUCUCGGGACGGGUCAAUCAGGAUUUGGAGGUUGGAGCCGCCAGGGGAGAGGGCGAGGGUGGAUUUUACGGCGGAAGGGAGCGAGGCCGGGGGGGAUGUUGUUAGGGAGUGGAGGGGGGAGUGUACCGCGGAGUUUGGGAAGGGCGGGGCGAGGGUUGGGAGUGUUGAUUGGAAUGCCACGGGCACAAUGCUCUCUACGACAGACGACGAAGGCGUAGUCAGGAUAUACAAACGUGUGUCCUUCUCCCCUCUUCCCUCUUCUCCCAUCUUCCCUACUCCUCUGCUCUUCGUCCUUGUGACCCAGUACUGA